GUCCUCGUGGGUCAAGGACCGAGUGGGGCUCCUCAGAGAAGCGGGGCUCUGAAGGCCGAUGUUGCGGCGGUAUGGGGGCUACUCCUCCUGGUGCCCGGCGCCUCCCGGUCUCCGCACCUUUCUCCGCGGGGCCGCGGUAGACAGGCGCGGCGGAGCUUUGGGGUCAGGAAUUUCUACUCCCUCAUGUCAAGAGGCGAACCACCCCUCACUUCAUCUCUCCCUUACCAGGGGCCCCGGAGACUGGCCACUGGGAAUUUUUGCUCUCUGACAUCAAGUUGCAAAGCCUCCUGCACUUUUCAUCUUUCCUUGAUCAGGCGACCCAGGCUAUUGGGAAAUAUAAUUUCUGCUUCACCUGUCAAAUUUCAUAGCAUUCCCUCGUUUUCAAUUUCUCCAGGACCAAAGACUCCCCCUUCUGUUCUGGAAUUUCUACUCUCUCACAGCAAGUUGCAAAGCCUCCGCAUUUCUCAUCUCACCGUGAUCAGGCGACCCAGGCUAUUGGGGUACACAUACCUGCUGCAUUCGGAAAUGUUCAUUCUAUUGAGAGCAGAUGAAGCUUCAGGGAUCAGUUCGUUUUUCAUGAACAUCGUCUUGUUGAGAUUCAGCUGCAAACCGAAGUUUCCACACUCGUGGUCGAUGUCGCCUCUUCUUGGAAGUUUUCCAGCAUGUUCACCUCUAAGAACGUCCAAUGAAGGCCACAUCUCUCGAUGUUCAGACACUCCUAUGCGGAAUGAGAGGAUUGAACCCAGGUCCGUCCUGAGCAAGACCAACACUGUCCUGGCUGUACUAAGGCUCCCGCCCCUAGAGUGAGACAUUUAUAACCUAGUGCAACAAGUCCCUGCAAAACCCGUUUCUGCAAGUACUCACCAGAACAGAAGGGGCAGCCUCUGGUCCGGGAGAAAUACCUCCGUCAAUGAGAGAUUGCUCUGAAACCUGACAGGUAAAGCAGAAAUGAUUUUUCUGGGGAAAAAUAAAAUCAGAGAGUUAGCAGAGAUAGUAAAUGGAUAGGAUGCUUUUAGUUCAAGCAGCUGAGCCCAGGUUAAUAUGCAAGAGCACAUAGGUUUCCCCAACCCAGCACUGCCAGGAGCCACACCUGAGCUAAGCUCCAAGAGUGAACCCUGAGCACUUACCACCUGUGGACCAAAAACUAUAAUUAUUAAUAAUAAAAAUAUACUGUGUGGGGUUAUUUCUUGCAAGUGUCUACCCAGGUUUGAUUGUCGGAAUGCUAUGUUGCCCUGAGCACCACCAGGAGUGAUCCCUGAG